AUGGCGAGGAUUGGCCGUCUAAAUGAAUUUGACGAUAGUAAAGAAAAUGUUGAGUGCUACAUAGAGAGGUUAGAGCAAUAUUUUUUAGUCAAUGACAUAGAAAAUGACAAGAAAGCUGCAGUGUUACUAACAGUUAUUGGCAGUACAGCGUAUGCAAAGCUAAAAAGUUUAACUUCGCCGGAGUUACCCAGCACGCUGAGUUAUGACCAGCUGAAGGGCCAUUUACAGAAUUAUUACGCUCCAAAGCCUUUGGUAAUUGCUGAGCGAUUCAAGUUCAUGAAAAGAAACCAACUUGAAGAAGAAGAGUCAGUCGUAGCGGAUGACUCAGAAAAGAGGGUCGUAGUGGCCAACUCAGAAGAAGAGUCAGUCGUAGCGGAUGACUCAGAAAAGAGGGUCGUAGUGGCUGACUCAGAAGAAGAGUCAGUCGUAGCGGAUGACUCAGAAAAGAGGGUCGUAGUGGCUGACUCAGAAGAAGAAGAGAGGGUCGUAGUGGCCAACCCAGAAGAAGAGUCAGUCGUAGCGGACGACUCAGAAAAGAGGGUCGUAGUGGCCGACUCAGAAGAAGAGUCAGUCGUAGUGGAAGACUCAGAAAAGAGGGUCGUAGUGGCCGACUCAGAAGAAGAGUCAGUCAUAGCGGACGACUCAGAAAAGAGGGUCGUAGUGGCCGACUCAGAAGAGUCAGUCCUAGCUGCUGUUAUUUAG